AUGGCUAAUCCCCCGCAAGAUUUCGAGGUUCAGGUCGCUGCUGACGAGGAGCCGCAAGAUGACACCCGUUCUGAGAUGGGAUCCAGUAUCGCGUCCUCUAGCACCAGUUUGCGCAGUUCUUUGUUGGACUAUCGGCGCGAGAACGGCCGAACUUAUCAUCGGUACAAAGAUGGCAAAUACAACUUCCCGAACGACGAACGAGAGCUUGACAGACUUGACUUGGUGCAUCACUUGUGCCUGCUCACUCUAGAUGACCGUCUCGGAAUUGCCCCACCCUGCCGCGAAGAUGCCAAGGUUGGUCGGGUCCUCGACGUCGGCACAGGCACGGGCAUCUGGGCAAUUCAUUUCGGAGAUGACCAUCCAGAGGCCGAUAUCUUGGGAGUUGACCUCUCUGCGACUCAACCGGGCCACGUACCUCCCAACGUCAGGUUUGAGGUUGACGAUAUCGAGGACGAGUGGACAUUCUCGCAGCCAUUCCAGUAUAUCCAUAGUCGAUUUAUGACGUCCAGCAUCGGCGACUGGAGACUUUUCCUCCAAAGAUGCUACGACAACCUUGAGCCUGGUGGCUACGUUGAGCUUCAAGAGACCGCCAUCUUCGCCAAGUCUGAUGACGACACAUUGAAGCCCGAGCAUGCCCUGUCCAAGUGGGCGGAGUAUCUUAUGGAGGCGUCGAUCAAGCUCGGCGCAGCGUGGGUCGAUACUCCCGAGCUGAGGCAGCUCAUGGUUGAUAUUGGCUUCGAGAAUGUGGCGCUAAGCACGUAUAAGUGGCCGACUAACCCUUGGCCCAAGGACCCGCACUUUAAGGAGCUUGGUAUGUGGAAUAACGAGAAUUUCAUGACCGGUAUGGAGGCGAUUACGAUGGCCCCCAUGACGCGCGCGUUGGAGUGGCUUCCUGAAGAGGUCAGAGUGUUCCUCAUUGAUGUCCGUAAGGAAGGAAACGACAGGAACAUUCACGCAUAUUGGCCCCAACACAUUCUGGUUGGCAGGAAACCCAUGAGGGAAAUCCCGGCUCCAGCUCCAGAGGCGUCCCCAGCGCCGGCAUCAGCUCCUGCCCCGGCUGCGGCUUAA